CCAGUCCCUUCCAAAUACAGCUUGAAUGGUCGCACCGGAUGAUGGUACCCGUCAGUGGCGGCAUCCCCAGACGCUACAGAGUCGAGCGGACAAUGGCUGGCCCCAUUGAAACACCUCGGCAUGGCUCUUUGGCUAUUUGAUAUGACAGGUGCCCAAUAUUCGUACGUGCGAUGACUUCAAGUUCAUCCAGACUUUUGCACAAUACCUCAGCUUUAUCAACCAAAAAGGCCGUCAGCACCAUGUCUCUGUCCGUGGCGGGAAAAUAUGCAGUCAUCACCGGCGCGGGAUCAGGCAUAAACCUCGCCUUUGCAAAAUUGCUCCUAGAAAAAGGCUGCUCCGUCAUGAUGGGCGACCUCAUCCUCCGCCCCGAAGCACAGCAGCUCUUAGAGCAAUACCCUCACCCCCAACCCGGCAGCGAUAACAACACCAACCGCCCCUCCGCCCUCUUCCAAGAAACGAACGUCGCAUCUUGGCCCGACCUAACCCGCCUCUGGUCCAGGGCUCUCUCCUCCUUCCCCCAAAUCGACAUCGUCGUCCCCGGCGCGGGCCUCUUCGAACCAGCGUGGAGCUCCUUCUGGCACCCUCCCAAGACAGAUUCGAACCCAGACAGCGAAUCGAGAGACGCGGCAGACGCGGAGCCGGGUACCUACGCCGUUCUGGACGUGAACUUGACGCACCCGAUCCGGCUGAGCCAGCUUGCGAUCGGGUACUGGACGCAGGAGGGGAAAGGGGGAUGUUUGGUGCACGUGAGCAGUAUCGCGGGACACGCGGCGGGGAUCGGGUCGCCGUUGUACAUUGCGAGUAAGCAUGGUCUUCACGGGUUUGUGAGGUGUAUGGCGGGGAUGAGGGAUCGGUUGGGGAUUCGGUGUAGUGCUGUUGCGCCGGGGGCCGUGAUGACUCCAAUGUGGUCGGAGGACCCGGGGAAGAAGCAUAUGACGCAGGGCGAGGGCGUCGAGCUGUUCCUCGAGCCAGAAGAGGUUGCGAGGGGCAUGCUUGAGCUUUGCGAGAAUCCAGAGUACGGCAACGGGACGAUUUUGGAGGUUUCCAAGGGGGCUACGCGCGUUGUGCCUCUAUAUCGGGCUGAGCCGCCUAGUGGUGUUGGCGUUGUGCUGCCCAGACUGGCUGAGAAUGCGGAAAAGGUGUGGAAGAAGCUUGAGGGCCCUGGGCUGAAGAUUUAGUCUGCCUGGAGGGGGGCUGUGAGCCUCAAUUCAACGUCAGUAACCAUUUGGCUUUGGUCUCGGCAAUCUUGUUGUGUCUCUGGGGAGGAUUCACCCGAUGUAAUUCAGCCAAUUACUCGCUCCAAGAUCUUUCUAUAUCUCGAGUAUCAAGAGUGAUGGACAAAAUUCGACUGGGGGAACCCGCAGCACUUCGCCUCGCCACCCCAAGGCGGUUUGACCAUGCGUGUGUUUGGGAACUUCACGUCUGGAACAAUCUCGUCGAGAUCGAAGUCCCCGUAUUGGCGCCUGAGGGCGGGGUUGCCUUUGGUAGCAUGACGAGCGGAGGGUAGCGGGUAACUGACUACUCCAACGAAAAGUACGAAGGCGUCCUUUCCCGGUCAUGGCUUAUUCUUCGUUGAAUAUGCAUAUGACACCCAGAAACGUACUGCGGCACUUAUAGU